GCUACUUCUUUGAUGAUCAAUUAAUUCAGCAAGAAAAUCAUCAGCUGAAUAUGUUUAAAUUACACUAUAAGCGUUCGUUCACUUUCGAUAUUCUAUACAGAGAGCCUGAUUAUGAUUAUGAUACUUUAAUUUGAACUAUUCAAAGAGUUUAAAUAGCUUAUUCAAUCGAUUUCAAUUCGAUGUAAACAGUUUCAGAAAUAAACCGAAAUUAUCAUUCUGUGAUUUUUUAUAUACAUUAUUAGUUGUUAUAGCUAUUUGGAUCAGUAGAAAAAUCUGAUUAAGAUAAAUAAUCAUGUGACAGGUAAAUAAAUAAAAAAACUAGUGAUAACAGUAUACAGUUGAACUCAGAGAAAGCGAGAAACGCAAACAAUUGUGAGUUGAGAUAAUCGUCUGCAAUUGAUUAGUCAUUAAUGUUUUGUUGAUUUGUAUAAGUGUUUACGUUUAUUAUUGGUGUGAAAUGAUGGAUUUUGAUCAAAUAUUUUCAUUCCUUCAACCUUUAGAUUCGCCAACACUGGAUACAGAUUAUGCUCUGCAAGGUGACACUUCAGCUGAUCAAUCAUUACCAAAAAAUUCAUGUUCAAACCAAAGUCUAUCUCUUUUGAGAGCUUUUUGUUCCGAUGAAAAUACUGUUAAAAGCUACUUGCUAGAUGGAGAUGAAUUGAAUAAUCAAAACAAUGGAGUAACCCAAUUUUCUGAUUCAUCAAUGAAUAGUCACGAUGAUUGUCUAGAAAAUUGUCUCAGUUCUGGUGAACAAACCAACCAAUCUCAUGGUCCAUUGACUGUUGAAAAUUUGAUUCCAGUCCAAUAUGAUGUCUCAUCAUGCAUCACAGCUAAUCCCCGAGUCAUGGAGUAUUUCCGGUCCAAAAUAAACGAUGAAAAUUUUAAUCUAAAAUCGAACUUUAUUCUACUCGUUAAACGUGGCUAUAAAAUGAUCUUGUCAGAAAACACAGAUAAUAGUGAAGUUGAUGAGCCUUGGAAUCCUGAUGUCAGUCAAAAAAUCCUGUCUGUUUAUUUUUCUUCAUUAAGUAUGAAAAGUGAAUAUUUAUCCAGUGAAACAGCACUAAAUGGAUUUGAGUCAAUGUUAACCAGAGAGGCAUGUGUCGCUUUCAGGGGUCAAAAACAGUUGCAUUUACUUCCAGAUUUAAAUGACAGAAGUCGAGCAAGAGCGAGUCCAGAUUGGCUCAUUUCAAUAUGUAAUGGAAUCAAAGGUUACAGAAAAAUCGAGCCCAGUGAUAAAGUAACUCUUUUAUGUAGCGUAUAUAAUCAUCUUAAUUUAAUGGAAGCUGUUUCUUCUUACGAUGCUUCGAUUGACGGCUGGGGUUUUUCAGAAUACAAAUAUGAUCGACGAGACACAUUUCUCUUCAGUCAACUCUUGCACGAUGGACUUGUUCACGUAAUCGAAACCUUUCCCGAACGAUUAAGAAACGAUAUAAAUGCCAUUAUUCUCAUGUAUCUAAUCAUUAUUUUCAAUGCUGAUGUAUCCGGAUUAAAACAUCCCGAAAUAAUCAGAAAUGAACAAUUUUCAUACAUUUAUUUACUACGACGUUACUUGCGAACAGUUUGUGAAUCUGAUUCCGAAGCUUCAGACAAUCAUUACCGGCUGAUGGUCAAAAUUGAACAGUUGAGACUUUUGGGUGAACAGACUGAAAAAUUUUUCAUUACACUACUGAAAGAGCCGUUUGUGGAAACGAUAACAAAAGCCGUCAUGGGGAAAUACACUCAUCAAUUUCUUCAGCUGCAAUAACUUUUAACACCGAUAAUCAUUGUCUUUCAAUACAGCAUUCUUCACUGUAUCAUAUUCAGGUCCAAAUUCAAACAGACACUUUCAUUGAUUGAAUAUUAGUUGAUACAAUAUUUAUCCUGCAUCAGUUGGUUGAGAGCGAUUCCAAGCAAUGAAGUACUUAAAAUUGCCAAAAAGUAAAAAACAUUGAUCAACAAAAUUGCAAUGAUUUCUCAAACCUCUUUGGAAGUAAUUUUGGCCAUUUUGAUCACUUUAAUUGGAAAGUUAAUACUUGAACUUUGAAGACGUUAUCCACUCUCAACACAGUAUUGAACAUGGCGUCACAAACACUUGUUAGUUACAAAAAAAUAAAUGGAUAUAAAUUAAAAUUCACGUUGGAUGGACUUAACUAUUUAUGUCUCCUUCUUGUCACAAACAAAAAAUAGCAGAUAUUCAUUCUGUAAAUGCAAUAUCAUACUAUUAAUAAUCAAGACAAUCUCAAGAUUAUUAGAUUAGUUUUUUGGUACUCUUCAAAUUCAAUAUAAUCUUAUCAAGCACAACUGCACCUAAAGACCCUUCAAUGCAACUGUUGCAACUUCUGCAGACGAUUAGAAACGAUAUAAAACUUUGUUUGCAAACACCUUGACUCAAAUGUACAAUAAAAUAAAAUAUGGUUCUACAGGUUAACUAAAUGAAA